UGCAGCCACCAAACCUCAGGAUUUUGACUUUGCUACCAAAAUCUGUGACAGCACAAGGUGGAUAAACAAUAAACACUUCUUGACAUCAUUAUCCAUAGGAUUGUUAUAUUUGCUGUGACAUCUGCUGCCUUUCUGGGUGUGCACUGCUUUGACCUGCCAGAUGGAUUUUGGUGUUGUCCAAGAAGACAGUUGAGUGAAAGUGAGCAACAUUUGAGAAGAAACUGGUGGAACUAGAGUUUUCUAGUGGAAACACCACCCCACAAGUUUCAAGCACAAAACAUGACAGACUCAAUGUUUGGCAAUGACAAUGACCAGUGGGUGUGCCCCAAUGACAGACAACUAGCCCUUAGAGCAAAGUUACAUACAGGUUGGUCCAUCCACACGUUUCAGACUGAGAGGCAGAGGAAAGCUCAGACCCUUGAGAAAACAGAGCUGGAUGUAAUCAUGAGUGUCAUCCACCGCUCUGAGCAACUUGAGCUCAUUGAGCAACACAGGAUUGGGUGUCUAGUGGAGCGUCUGGAGAACAUGAGGAGGUCUGCCAUGGGGAAUGGCCUGUCACAGUGUCUGUUGUGUGGAGAAGAGCUGGGUCUGCUGGGUUCCCCGUCCGUCCUCUGUUUGGACUGCUGCAUGAAGGUGUGCACUAAAUGUGGUAUCGAGACUACAGGCACUCAGAAAAGAGUUCAGUGGCUUUGCAAGAUCUGCAGUGAACAGAGAGAGAUAAACCUGCUCCUUAAUGGCAUGUAAAAAAAAUCAAAACAAAACAAAGUGUGUUUGCUUGCUUCACAUUUUGGUCAGAUGGUCUCUUCCAGUCUAAGUUGGC